AUGGCCAGGCUCACAUUUUAUAUUUCCAUGCUUGUUGGAGCAGUUGCCGCUCUGCCUAGUCCAGGCCGAACAAGCAAGGCUCCUCCCAGCCUACCCAAUGCAGAUCCCAUUGCGGUUAUGUCUGUGCCACAGAGCAAUUUUAAGAGCUACCAAACCGGUGGGCUUGUCCGUUACAACAGCACGGAAGAUGCCAAGUUAUCGAAGCGCUGGGACUGCAGUUCCUCUCCUACUCUUACAUACGGCGAUACUGAUGAUGGCGGUCCUGGUAUAACUAUCGACAAUGAUGCCAGCGACUGGCGUGGCUUUUACUUCUACCACAAUAGCUGUGACAGCGUUCCGUGGAAGUAUAUUUGGAUCGCUGGCAAAAGCACUCAGUUUGUCUCCAUUCCCACGGGUUGGGAGGGCCGUGUCCAGCGCGGUGUCGACGAUACCAUGCUUAAUGGUCAACCGCAGCUUCUUGGUUCUUGGCUGGAGAUCAGUUGGGACAUCAACAACGGAAAUACUGGCUGGGCUGAUGUCUCGCUCAUCCGUGGCUGUGAUGGAGCCAUUCUUGUUUGGAAUCCCGAUGGAAAUUGGAAGGGGUUUACGCAAUGGGUUCUGGACGGCGCACCGGACGGUGCCUACGACCAGAAGAACGAUGGGCAGUGGGUUAUCAAAGCUACCGAGGGUGAGAACGCCGCGAUCAACACCAUUCCUCGCGAUUGGGACAUCCAGCAGAUCGGCUCCGAUUACGUCUACGUAGACGACUCCCACGGCAGCCCCGUUAUUUCGACCAGCAAUCAGCGUUUCUCUUCUUUCUGGCCAGACGGUCGCCCAUAG